AUAUGCAUCUCUAUAGACAGUUUAUAAACACACGCAAGGAUAUCGGUAUAGUUAUUUACGUCGAUAAACAAGCACCAUGUGGCAGCAAAACCAAAGUGUUGGCGGCAAAGACCGUCAGGCGUUCAUUAAACAAGCAGCAGCUGACAGAGAGAGUCGUCAGAGGGCACGCGAUGAGAAAGCGAAACAGGAGAUGGAGCUGAAGGCUGUGUUGGUAGUACAGCGAUUUGCGCGUCUAUCUAUUGCCGAGUUACGAGCGAAGAAGAAAGCCGCAAAUGCGUUGGAUGCAUUGGUUAGUAGCGCACCAGUGCAAACGCCGGUCCCAAUACCAAAAAGAGAUGCCACCAAACCCACUUCAGAAUCCACCACUAAAAUUCCGGACAAAACAGUAUCAGAAUUUGGGUCUCAGUCGGUGACGGAUGUCAGUGCGAAGGACCUGUAUGACGCCAUCCACACAUACCUACAAAUGGUAGCGCAACGCUCAGCGAGGGUUGGAUGGAUUGCCCAAGUAUCCGAGCUGCUGAGUGUUGUUCUAACUCGCCUGUCCACCCUGCGGGUGACCGCUACGCCACACAUAGGCGGCUCGUUGGGGAAGUUCAAGACGAAGUCCCAGAAAGAUGUUGCCGCCACGCAGUCUGGCAUUGGGUCACAGCAAUUAGACGGCUCAUCCAUUGCACCAGGCGAGUCAAACGGACCUCUACCACAGCCCUGUGAGUACUGUUUGUUAGAAACAUGA